CAGAGCUCAAUGCAGAGACAAGAGUUUUCAGACUCAUUGUACUUAUUGGCGACUCUGGAGUAGGCAAGAGUAACCUUCUGUCUCGAUUCACUCGCAAUGAGUUUAACUUGGAAAGCAAAAGCACCAUUGGAGUAGAGUUUGCAACAAGAAGCAUUCAAGUGGAUGGGAAGACAAUAAAGGCUCAGAUCUGGGACACGGCAGGGCAGGAGCGAUACCGAGCUAUAACAUCAGCGUACUACCGUGGAGCUGUGGGGGCACUAUUGGUGUAUGACAUUGCUAAGCACCUCACUUAUGAGAACGUAGAGCGAUGGUUGAAAGAGCUGAGAGACCACGCCGACAGCAAUAUUGUCAUCAUGCUUGUGGGAAACAAGAGUGACUUGCGCCACCUGAGAGCAGUUCCUACAGAUGAGGCCAGAGCUUUUGCAGAGAAGAAUGGUUUGUCAUUUAUUGAGACAUCUGCUUUAGACUCUACAAAUGUGGAAGCAGCUUUCCAGACUAUUCUGACAGAGAUCUAUCGUAUUGUUUCCCAGAAGCAAAUGUCUGACAGACGUGAAAACGAUAUGUCUCCAAGCAACAAUGUGGUUCCCAUUCACGUCCCUCCAACCACUGAAAACAAACCAAAGAUGCAGUGCUGUCAGAAUAUAUAGAGUUGUUCAUUCUUUCCUAACAGGCUGUGUAUAUUCCCCAGGUCCAAGAUUUAAAUAUAUUUGUAAUUCUCGUGG